CACUCGUCGUUGGUGCGGGCUAUGUGUACAGCUUGAACACAGUCCCCACCGUUGGGACCCACAGCCGGUCGGCGCUUUUCCCCCCACCUCUCGGGCCUCUCUCGGCGAAGUGAGCGCGCGCGGCCGUUUUGAGCUACGAGGACUCGGCGCUACGCUGGCCCGCAGUUAGACCGAGACCGUUCGCGCAUUCGCAUUAAAAUUUUGUACAGAGAGCCCGGAGCUGAGCAGCAGCAGUCGAGAGAGCGUGCUGCAGAGACUUUCGACGCGCUGCCGGCCUCUCUGCCCACUGCUCUUUCUCUCUCUCUCUCUCUCUCUCUCCUCCUCGCCUCGUUCGUUUCUUACCGAUUUUUCGCGCGAGAGGAUCGAGUUUCCCGGUGUGCCGCGUUUCUCGAUUUUCGAAAAGCCCGCCGUUCAGUUGUGACUAGUAAUACGCAUGACAGAGUGAACACACACUAGAAGAAGGAGAAGAGGAAGAAGAAGAGCCGAACACGGCAGUGAGAGCACAGCUGGAAAACGCUGCUGCCCCCGUAGCAGCCGCAGCAGCGUCGAAAGUCCACGGGAGCGAAAAAAGCGAGGGUUUACGUAAGGAGCGCCAAGCUCGAAUUAUACACCACACUCUCCCCUCCGAUCAAGGCAACGAAGACUCGGAAGGAGCCGCGUAGAUCAUCGAAGUUCAAAACAUCGGCCAGUGGGUGUUGGUGAAGUGACGAUCAGGAGAGCCGCAGUGAACAGUUAUUAUACAAGUUGAGAGAAAGAGACAGAUUGAAAAGAGAUAAAUUGAAUCGAGAAACGAAUAAUCGUGUCCGUGUCGCGAGCGUCGCACUAAAAGGAUGACGAGGAUUUCGCACGCCGUUACUAUGGAAACAUGAAGAAGACACAGAGCACGCAGCAACGCAAGCAGGAUCGACUUUUGCCCGCCGACCAUACAUGACCGAUGUGGCGCAACCCACCAGGAAUUCUCAUCUGCAAAAUGAUUCGCGUCCUCGUCUUCCUGUGCAUGGCGAUCCUACCCUUCGCAAGAUGCAGCAAGAUCCACGAACACAUGACCAGGGAGGAAAUGCUGACGGUGUUCCAGGCGGGCCACGAAUCCGUUCCAGCGUACGAGGUGGUGCCGGUUCUGCACACCGUGCACAGGCGGAGUCCGGAAGCAAGGCAGGAGGUGCACCUGAAGGCCUUUGGUAAGGACUACAAUCUGGCCUUGACGCCGAACGAUGGACUCUGGUCGGGGAAGCAGCUGGCCAUGUGGACCGUCGAUCGUAACGACUCGCAACUCGAUGGUCUGCAUUACCAAAGGAUUCCGGAAGAGGACACCUACAUCGGCGAUAUCUACCAGGACACGGGUAACAUGGCGUCCAUUCUGCUGCACCAGGACGCCAGUGGGAAAGUGCUUGUCGACGGAAACAUCGGCUCGGACUUGGUGAUCCGUCCGCUUCCCGAGCGAGUGGUCAAGGAAGUCGUAAGUAAGGUGGACGAGCUGCACGAACCGCAUUUACUGCCAAACGUAACGAGGACAAAGCGGAGCCUCGAGCACACUAGCCACCACGUCGUGUACAAAAAGCCGAUGCGGCCGAUGGACGACGAAUUCAGCGAUUUCGCGUUCAUGGAGCCGGAUCACCUAUCCAAGAGGUUCAGAUCGAAGAGAUCAGUUAGUAGCAUUAGGUCGAAGCGAGAAGCGCCAUACGUAAUUUACCCCGAAAUCCUCUGCAUCGUCGACUACGACGGAUACAGAUUGCACGGCGGCGAUAAUGUACAGAUCAAACGAUACUUCGUGUCAUUCUGGAACGGAGUGGAUCUUAGGUACAAGCUGCUAAAAGGCCCGAAGAUACGCAUCAGUAUCGCGGGUAUCAUCAUCUCUCGCGGAAGAGACGCCACGCCAUACUUAGAGAGGAACCGCGUGGGACGAGAUGCAAUCGACUCGGCAGCUGCGCUGACUGACAUGGGCAAAUAUCUAUUUCGAGAAAGAAGACUUCCGGUUUACGACAUCGCCGUUGCCGUUACAAAAUUAGAUAUGUGCAGGAGGCAAUAUGCGAAUGACGUGUGCAAUAGAGGAACCGCAGGUUUCGCGUACGUGGGUGGAGCUUGCGUCGUCAACAAGAGACUUGAAAAAGUAAAUUCGGUGGCUAUAAUAGAAGACACCGGCGGCUUCAGCGGCAUUAUCGUUGCUGCUCACGAAGUCGGUCAUUUAUUGGGCGCUGUACAUGACGGAUCGCCACCGCCGAGUUACCUCGGAGGACCUGGAGCUGAAAAGUGUCGCUGGGAGGAUGGCUACAUCAUGAGUGAUCUCAGGCACACGGAGAAAGGCUUCAAAUGGUCUCACUGCAGCGUCUCGUCUUUCCAUCAUUUCUUAAACGGGGACACCGCGACGUGUCUUUACAAUGCUCCUCACGAGGAUGAAGCACUGCCAAGAGUAUUACCAGGAAAACUGUUGUCGCUCGACGCGCAGUGUCGAAAGGACCGUGGAACGAGCGCCUGCUUUAAAGACGAUCGAGUCUGCGCUCAACUCUUCUGCUUCGACGCUGGUUCGGGCUACUGUGUGGCGUACAGACCAGCAGCUGAAGGAUCUCCCUGCGGAGAUGGCCAAUACUGCCUGAAUGGAAAGUGCGUUGCUGAGCACGAGAACAUCAUUCCUGAUUACACACAGAACGUACCAACGUACGUGCGCCGAGAAAACCUUUACAACGCCGCCACGCAAAGUCGGCCGUUAUACACGCGAUAUAAUACCAGUACAACAGAAUACAGGUAUCCAUGGGAUAGUACGACACGCAGCACGUACCAGUCAAAGUAUAAAUACACGACGCCGUACUCGAAUACGAUCGCGUCGACAACUACGACGACGGCGUCGCCAAGCCUGGCGACGUCGCACUAUACUACGGCCUCGACGCCGUACACGCGCUACACCCACUCGACCGUCAGUAACUUCAUUACCGACGAUUACAAUAAGAAAUACAGUUACAGUUACAACAAUGACUAUAACAAUAACAAAAAUAACCAUAACGCAUACACCACUGCCACGACCAGAAGGACGAAUCCGUACGAUUACUCGCGAACUUACAAUUCGAAAAAUAGCGACAGUCCAAACGACGUUAGUUACGUUCCAAAAGUCACGCCGUACAGGUAUAAGACUACCGUCAGAUCGACGUCGCUCGCUACGACGAGUACCAACGCCGCCCAAUACGGUCCGCAAACUUACGGUCAUGAAACAGAGGCCGGUGAAUGCCAGGACGUGGGGACGGAUUGCGCAGAGCUGAUCGACAGGCUGAGGACAUGGCUGUGCCAUCUGCAAUCAGUGAAAAGUCGCUGUUGCGCGUCCCUCAAGACGAUUUGCUGAAAAAGUGGCUCGAAAUCGCGCCGAAACGGAAAAGAGAUGAAAACCCGAAAGAAAGACACACGGAGCGACCGAGAGCGACAAGCUAUAAAGAUGCAGUGCGGGAGUAGUGAGGACGCCGAGGUGCUCUCGUCAUGGGCGAAGCGCAACGACUGUUGAUAUAAUGCGAUCGAUUCGUCACACAGAAACGCGUCCGGCGAAUUGUUUUUUCUUUAUUUUUUUUUUCCUCCAACGAAAGACGGAGCGAGCUGAAUGAAUGUGAAAAAAAGAAAAUAACGCGAGAAAAGCCGAGCGAGGACGGAGGAAAGCUGACGAGAGAGAAAAAGGACACGACGACGCGAGUCGAAAGAGACACAUGGAGAUUUUCCCUUUUCUUCCAACAUCACCUACCACCUGUACCUCAGCCCGUGCCUUCUCUCUCUCUCUCUCUCUCUUCAUUCCUCGGCUUCCACUGUAUUUUUCUUUCUCUCUCCUGCUCUUCCGCUUGCGCGUCGUGUUGAUGGAGCGCGUAGAUCCGUGAUAUUUUUCAAGAAAAAGAGAGAGAGAGACAGAGCGCGAGAGUGAGAACGAGAGAGCAAGAGCGAAAGAGAGAGUGAGAUCGUUCAUCCGCUUUCGGGACGAGCUCGCGACAGCUUAACGCACCCUUUUUUCGCACUGAGGAAUCGCGAGGAAUGCCCCUUGAUUCUCAAUCUUCCCUUCCCCUUACCCCCUUCUACCCCCUGUACUCUUCCUCCCACACACUCUUUUUUUACGUCUGAGUCUGUAUUUAUGUGCGAUAUCGUCGAGACUUGACUCGACGCACGAGAGCGUAUUCCCAAUUUAUUUUAUUUUGUGUUUUUUUUUACUAUAAAGUACGUUUUUUGCGUCGAAUAUGCGCACAACGACGACGUCGCGAUACGAACCCGGCAGUUUAUUAUGUUUGUUACCAUCGGAGCAGCAAAAAUUACCGGCGAAAUCUUGUAAACGAAAUCUUUGUAGCAUAAAAAUAAACAGUAG